AUGCGACGCAGGCGAGCACGGUUGACGACGGCGGGAGGAGGGUGCGCGUCGUGCUCACCGGAGUCAGAGCGAGGGUCCGCCGGCGGCCGCCACCGCCGCCGCCCCUCGUCUCCCCCGCCUUCCCGUCGCAGCAGUACAAACAGGUCAGAGUAGCGGCAGAAGGAACGCCUGUGGCAGUUGCCGAAGGGGCGGCUGCUGUAGAGCCUCGAAUUGUUGCCAUCCCCACGGCCGGGAAAACCCUCCGGCAGCCCUCUGAGCCGCCAGGUUAUUUGGUUGUCGAAAACCUGGAGGAAGAGCUCUGGCGAUUGCUCGAUCAGAUAUCCAAGAGCGGGGAACCAGUGUACCGUGUCCAAGCAGGGUUAGCGACGGGCUCCGAGCACAUCGAGUGCUGCGACGAGCUAACUCAGUGGGCAUUUCGGCUCCUCAAGAAUGGGCCCGGGAACGACGAGUGGCGAAUGAAGAUCGAGAGGAUGGUGUACAAAGUCCUCUUUGAAUACAUCAGGAAGACUCACUCUGAUGGUAAUUCCGACUCCCGCAGUGGAGCUGGCUGCUCAACGGAUGCGGAGGAGCUGGAGGUUGUGGGCACCGCAAGCAGCAAGCCAGAAGGGACCCUCGUGGAGAUGCUGUCAUGGUUGAAGGAAGCGGCGAAGAACCCCCAAGAGCUGAAUGUGAGUUCAGACAGCCGACAAGGCCCCAUGCAGGGUCUGA